GGAUAUGUCAUAUUUGACAAUUCAUAUAUUUAUAGUUCAAUUCAUUCAAACGGCUGUUGAUUCUACUCAAGUUUACAUAAAUAUAACUUUGCUAACGCCGUUAUCAGUAAAUUUAAUGAGAUUUAAUACGUUGCUUACUUAUAUGAAAUCUUUAUGUCAGUAUACGUUCUAAUGAUUGAACGGAUACUUGAGAAUCGCUUGUGUAUUCACCUUUAAUUUACAGCGAGACGUAAACAAGUUUGCGCGUUUACAAUGAGUUCAGAAAUGGAUGGUGGUGAUAGUUGGCGCGGUGUGCCUUUGAGUGAGAUGUAUGGGUCGCAGAGUCCAUGGGGUUCGCCGGAGUUUUCACUCGUGUCUCCUUCAUUCAACCACGCAGUGUUGUACCAUGUGCCAAGCGACGGUUGUUUGGCAGAUGAUAAGCCGCCAAAACCUCAAAUCGGUCACGAUAAAUGGGAUUCAGAACAUGUCAGGAUGCCAUGCUCCAGUCACAGCCUGUACCCUGUUGAAGAUAGUAAUGGUGAAAGUCAUCUUAAGAAGCGCUGGGAGAUGAUAGAGAGUGCCCUGUCGAAGCCAAUACGUAACAGUCAUGAUUUGGCCAACACUAUACUGAGUUACAACACUAAGUUCCGGAACACCUGGAAGUUUAGAGGAUUGCACAAGCUGUUUAAUGAGUACUUAGAAGAAGAGGAAUCACAAUACUUCUUUGAUGUGACAUUACCAGAGAUUGCUAAACUAGCUUUAGCUUUGCCAAAGUUGAUCCAGUCUCCAAUACCAUUAUUGAAGAAGCACACAAACCGCUCAAUAUCAUUGUCACAGCAACAAAUAUCAUGUCUUCUAGCCAAUGCUUUCUUCUGCACAUUCCCAAGAAGAAACUCAACAAAACCAACUUCGGAAUAUAAUUCAUAUCCAUUCUUCAAUUUCAACACGUACAGGUUUUAUGAAGCAACAGAUUCUGAUUCAAAUCUGGAGAAGUUGAAAUGCAUCUGCCACUACUUCAGAAGAGUUGUGACUAAAGUCCCGGGCGGCGUGGUCUCGUUCACCCGCCGCUCGGUCCCGGGCCGCGCGCUGCCGGCCUGGCCGCGCUCGCAGCGCCCGCUGGGCUGUCUGCCGCUACACGUCGACGCCAGCAGGACUAUUGAAGAUGCUGACGGUCUUAUACAAGUCGAUUUUGCUAAUAAGUACCUGGGCGGUGGUGUAUUAGGACAUGGCUGUGUCCAAGAAGAGAUCCGGUUUGUGAUAUGUCCAGAACUGAUGGUGUCUAUGCUGUUUACUGAGGUUCUGAGUCCUAACGAGGCUCUCAUGAUUAUUGGCGCAGAGCGCUACAGUAAGUACUCGGGCUACGGGCAGUCGUUCCGCUGGGCGGGCCCACACUGCGACGGGUCCCCGCGCGACUCGUCGGGCCGCCGCCGCCGCGCGCUGCUCGCCAUCGACGCGCUGCCCUACUCCAGCCUCAGCAGGGAGUUCUCCAGGGACGCUAUCACUAGGGAGCUCAAUAAGGCCUGGGUAGGCUUCUCAUUCGACACGGACCCUCAGUCGGAGCGCGCGCAGUACCCGGGCGUGGCCACGGGCAACUGGGGCUGCGGGGCCUUCGGCGGGACCACGCAGCUCAAGAGCCUGCUGCAGCUCAUGGCCUGCGCCCAGGCCCGCAGGCCUAUGGCCUAUUUUACCUUUGGGGAUACGAAGUUGAGAGACGAAAUCGUGGAUAUGUAUAAUUUGUUGGCGAGGCAUAAUGUUACUGUUGGUCAACUAUACAAGUACAUAGUAAAGUUCUCUCAAGAGAAAGACGUGUCACAAUCGCAGCUAAACCUCUACUUGGAGCAAGUUGUGAAGUCGGGGACCAGCGCCAGUCCACCUCCAGCGAAUCGAAGCGCUCCGUCCAAGCGAAGCGACGAUGUCAUGGAAACUAGCAUCACAGAAACAGUUCCUGCUACAACAACAGACCUGGAAUCGCAGCUAGAAAACCAUUCGCCAGACUUGUUCACAGAAGACGAUAUAGACCAAAGUCUCCUAGAAGUUACCAUCGAAUCGGAGAAGAAAGAAAACCCACAUACAAACACAUCAACAAACAACCAAAGUACUGAUAAAAAUGAAGUAUCAACGCCACAAAAGCGCAUGUCUCUCUUUGAUACUAUGCAAGCAAUAGAAGGCGAUCAAAAUCCUACAGCGUCAAAUACAUUGCUCGGUAACCAAAGAAGGAAUUCGUUACUCAACGAUACUGACGCAUCAAUGGACGAAGACAAAUCCGACCCAGCGACGGAACUCAAAAAGAAAAUUACGAAAAAAAUCACAGACUAUUUUAGUAAGAAGUCUAUAUGAUCGUAUGACACUUGCAUUUUAAAAUGGAUUUUUAUUUUUUAUUAACAUUGGCAAUGUUUUUGAAUUAUAUGUUUU